GGCUUUGGUCGUCGAAAGCAACAGAACAACCGUCGCAGAAAGUAGCAAAGAAAAAGUAUAAACAAAUGAAAAAUUAAGGAGGCAGAUCUGAAAUUCCCGCUGUCUAUUUAAACCCAUUGCUCCAAACAAACCAAACCAAACCAAACAAAACAAAACAAUUCUCUCUCUAGAUUCUCUCUUCCACCAGCUUAAGAUUUUAAAUCGAGAAAAAGGAAAAUGGUGAAAAUUUGCUGCAUUGGGGCUGGGUAUGUUGGUGGCCCGACAAUGGCGGUCAUUGCACUCAAGUGUCCUGCUAUUGAAGUAGUUGUUGUCGAUAUCUCUGUCUCUAGGAUCAAUGGCUGGAACAGUGAUCAGCUUCCAAUCUAUGAGCCAGGCCUGGAUGCUGUGGUAAAGGAGUGCCGGGGCAGAAAUCUUUUCUUCAGUACUGAUGUGGAGAAACAUGUAUUUGAGGCUGAUAUAGUCUUUGUUUCUGUCAACACCCCAACGAAAACUCGGGGUUUAGGAGCUGGUAAAGCUGCUGAUCUGACAUAUUGGGAGAGUGCAGCACGUAUGAUUGCGGAUGUGUCCAAGUCUGACAAAAUUGUUGUCGAGAAAUCCACAGUUCCGGUUAAGACAGCAGAGGCAAUUGAGAAAAUUUUGACCCACAAUAGCAAGGGGAUCAAAUUUCAGAUCCUAUCAAAUCCAGAGUUCCUUGCAGAGGGAACUGCCAUUGAUGAUCUUUUCAAACCCGACAGGGUUCUCAUUGGAGGGAGGGAAACCCCAGAGGGCCAAGCAGCAAUCAAAGCCUUGAAGGAUGUCUAUUCUAAUUGGGUACCUGAAGAUCGCAUUCUAACCACCAAUCUCUGGUCUGCUGAGCUAUCCAAGCUUGCUGCCAAUGCCUUCUUGGCCCAGAGAAUAUCAUCUGUUAAUGCUAUGUCCGCUCUCUGUGAGGCAACUGGGGCUGAUGUUGCCGAAGUGUCCUAUGCUGUCGGCAAAGACACUAGAAUUGGUCCAAAGUUCUUAAAUGCCAGUGUUGGUUUUGGUGGGUCCUGUUUCCAGAAGGAUAUUCUGAACCUGGUGUACAUCUGCGAGUGCAAUGGCCUUCCAGAAGUGGCGGAAUAUUGGAAACAGGUCAUCAAGGUCAAUGACUAUCAAAAGAGCCGAUUUGUGAACCGUGUUGUUUCCUCCAUGUUUAAUACAGUUUCAAACAAGAAGAUUGCCAUUUUAGGCUUUGCUUUUAAGAAGGAUACCGGUGACACCAGGGAAACUCCAGCCAUUGAUGUGUGCAAGGGGCUAUUGGGAGAUAAGGCUCAAUUGAGCAUAUAUGAUCCACAGGUGACUGAAGACCAAAUUCAGAGGGACCUCUCAAUGAACAAGUUUGACUGGGAUCAUCCUCUCCAUCUCCAGCCAAUGAGCCCCGGCACAUUUAAGCAAGUGAGUGUAACUUGGGAUGCAUACGAGGCAGCAAAAGAUGCACACGGUCUUUGCAUUUUGACCGAGUGGGAUGAGUUCAAGACUCUUGAUUACAAGAAGAUAUACGACAACAUGCAGAAGCCAGCUUAUGUUUUCGACGGAAGGAAUGUUGCCAAUGUGGAUCGGCUGAGAGAGAUUGGUUUCAUCGUAUACUCAAUUGGAAAGCCACUCGAUCCAUGGCUCAAGGACAUGCCCUCUGUAGCUUAAAAGAGCGGUUUACUGGUUUGCCCAUGCUACCGAGUCAAUUUGGUCGUAAGUAGACACUAGCAAUUUAAUUCAUCACAUUAUUUUUGGUUUUUUCACGUAUUGUUACAGUUUCUUGCUUUCCCUUGUUAUUUUGAACAAUCUGGCAUUAACCUGAUAGUGAAAGCAAGAAGCUCUACGUUUUGCUGUUGCUUUACAUUACAUUGCAUUCAAUUAUAUCCGUUAUCUUCCAUAUGUUAUAAAAACACUUGAGUUGACUUAUAUAUUUGAUUUUGUUACUAA